UGUGGUUGUACCGGUGGACACUUGACAGCAAGACUUAACACCAACUGUCCGAACUAAGUAACUAAGCUGAUGUUAAAGACAUUUUCUUUAAUCUUGUUAUGAAAAUACGCAGGGAUAAACGGUUAGAACAAAUAUCAAGUUGCUGCCAAAGUUGAUUAACUUGCUUUGCAGUUGUUUACUGUUAGCUGACAUCAACAGCACUUGAUGACAUUUUUCUUCAUGCAACGUAUAUUUCAUUAGAGAGUAGCUUGAGGACAAGUUGAAAGGAUGAGUUUAUUGCCCCGCACUACAGAGGAGCUUAGCUCGGCGGACUACUGGGAGCGUUUUUUUCGUAAACGUGGAGAGAAGGCAUUCGAAUGGUAUGGCGACUAUCAUUCUCUCUGUGGAGUGCUGCACAAAUAUAUCAAACCUCGUGAUCAGGUAUUAGUAGUGGGCUGUGGUAACUCGGAGUUGAGCGAACAACUCUAUGAUGUGGGCUAUCGACAGCUCACCAACAUUGACACCAGCGAGACGGUAGUGUCGCACAUGAACCAGCGUAAUGCUGAACGCCGGCCAGGCUUGACUUUCCAACUAAUAGAUGCCACUCAGACAGGUUUUGAAGAUGGCAGCUAUCAGGUGGCGUUAGAUAAGAGUACCUUCGAUGCCAUGGCCUCCGAAGAAGAGGGUGCACUGGCCAAGAGGAUGCUGACAGAGAUUAGUAGAGUGUUAGCCGUUGGAGGCCGGUAUGUCUGUAUUACUCUGGCUCAGGAGCGUGUGGUACGUCUGGCUGUGGAUCACUUCUCCAGUGCAGGCUGGGCCGUACGGCUCCACUGCCUGGCCAAGGAGGAGGACCAGGACACCGAUUCUGACUCCACAUUUGCUCUGCCAGUCUUUGUUCUUGUCUGCACCAAGUUUCGGCAGCCACCCCCUUUUCUGGUGCUGGAGAUGUGCUUGGGGGAAGAUGGUGCCCCGAAAAGACUGUCAACUGUGCCUGACCUUCUGGCUGCAGUAAAAGAGAGGCAGGCUUACGCCCUCUUGCAGCAGAAGCUCCGUGGAGGCACAGACUCAGCCAGCAGCCCCUCUCUCACGUUGUGCCACUCAGCCACAGGAUUGCCUCGCUACACCCUCACAGUGCAGGACAGCCCACCCAGUGCCAAAGUGCCGCGUCUCAACCAUUUCGCAAUCUUCAUAGUGCCACAAGGUCGUGAGUCUGAUUGGCUCUAUGGAUCUGCUGAGGGCCGUGCACAGUUAGCGACCAGUGCCAAUUUCAGACGCCUAGUUGUUGUGUCUAUGCACCGAGACCAAGAGUAUCAGGACAUGCAGGCCAUUCAAGCAGAGCUCUCGCCAAUGGUGAUGGAACUUGCUCCUCCAGGAAUGCCAGCCAAUCAGCAGGUGCCCUUUCUGUCUGUUGGAGGGGAUCUGGGUUGGCGGAAAGUAGUGGGGAAGGGGGUCAGUGAGCUCACAGGAGAGUACUCUGUGGAGGAUGUCAGAGGAGAAGACGGCAAUCUCUACCGCCGACUGAUCUUCCUGAAGAAUGACCAGCUGGUGCAGUCUGAGAGUCGCCUCCGCGCUCCGGCAAAAGCGGCUGCAGCACGCAAGAAGAAGAAUAAGAGGAAAGCAAAUCCUACAGCUUCAGAAGCCCCUUCCAGUGCUUCAGGUUCAGACACCAGUCCCUCAUCUGUAGAUCACAGUGUCCUAUGCUGCACUCAUCACGAGGUUAUGGUCGCCGGUUUGGCCUUGUUAGGGUUGAACACAAGUGCUAACAAAGAACAACCCAUAUCUGUGCUGCUGGUGGGGCUGGGAGGAGGAGGACUGGCCCAGUUUGUGCAUGAGUUUGUCCCAUCGUCACAAGUGGAGGUGGUGGAGUUGGACCCUGCAGUACUCGACUUGGCUAAAACCUGGUUCGAGUUCCAGCCAAACGACAGACUUAAGGUCACUCUGGAUGAUGGGCUGGCCCAUAUCGCCUCUCUGGAAAGCCAGGGUGGACAUUCUUUUGACGUCAUCAUGUUUGACGUUGACAGUAAAGACCCCAGCCUUGGAAUGAGCUGCCCUCCGCCUGCCUUUGUAGAAAAGGCCCUAUUGGAAAAAGUGUUCAGCUUGCUAAGUUCACGAGGGGUGUUUAUGUUGAAUCUGGUGUGCCGCGACACGUCCUUACGACAGAAGGUGAUGGGGACUCUACGGCAGGUGUUCCCGCGGGUGUUUUCCCGCCCUAUCGAGGGUGAGGUGAAUGAUGUGCUCUUCUGCCUGAGAGAGGCAGGCAAAGACAAAGACGCUGGUGUCCCAGCAGAGCUGAAGAGGGCAGCCAAGAGCCUGCAGGGGGCGAUGAGAGCACACAGCAAUGGAGGACCCAGCAGCCCACACAUUGACAUUGCUGCAAUGCUGGAGGAUCUCAUGAUAGCAUAACAUCAGAUGUCAUCAUGGAAGGGUGUGAGUGAAUACAACAGUUGAAUGAAAAAGGUGUGGUAUAUAAUAUAUCAUGGUCAUAUAGAUUAGAUAUAUCAAUCAUAUAGAUAGAUAAUUAUCUCUGGAUGAUGAAAUAUGGAUGGUGUGAUGGUAAUGAAUGAAUCUAUUAAAGGCUUGUAC